AUGAUAACAUGGCUGUGGAGAGUCUGGAUGGUGAACUCAAUAGAUGGAAGGAUGGAAGAAGGGCAGUGGAUGGUAUUAGGUCAGAGAAUCUCCAGAUCUUUGUCCACUUCCAGCCGUGUCCACCUACAGAAUCACGUUCUGGAGAAACAGAAGAUAUUCCAGGCAGACAAUAAUUUGCCAGUUCACCUGAAGGGUGGUAAAGGAGACCUCAUCCUCUAUCGAAUUACAAUGGGUAUCUCCAUUGUAGGGUGCUGCCUGAGUGUAUAUACUUUAGUCAAGGCAUCCCUCCCAAAGAAGUAA